AUGGAAUCUGAUAUGAACGAGCUUGAAUAUUUGCUAAGAAGACGAAACGUGCACAGCAAUCGCGACAAGCAAGAAUUAUGCGCGGUAAGAAAAGUUGAUGUUGAAGAGAAGCAUGUCGCAGCAAAGUCCAACGAUAAUGCACGGAACAAUGGACAAAAACAAAUGAAAAAAGAAGAAGAUGAGAAGAAAAGUGAUUCACCAAAUAUUUUGGUUGAAAUUCAAUCGAACUCGAACAAUGUAGAAACAGGCAAUGAUAAACACGAGAUAAUUGAAAUGGAGACUAUUAAACAAACAAACAUCGAUUCAAAGACAAAUAAUCAACGAAUGGUAGAUAUUGGUAUUCUGCAUCAAAAUCAGCAAUGUACUACAAAUGCUAUAGCUGAUAUCGCCCCAAGUUCUGAUCCUAUAUUGGAAUAUGCUGCAGAGCCUUUAUUGCCACUUGUUAAAGCAUGUGCUCCACUUUCCGAUAUUAUUCAUGAUAUAGCAUUCUAUGUUGAGUUGGCGCUAAAGGAAACUCCAGAAAAACCACCCGACGGACUAACGGUCGAUGAAAGUGCUGCGAUUCGUCUUUAUACCAUUGAAUGGUCAGGAGGACAUCGAAGUCUCUAUUCAAUGCUUAAUUUUACUCUUAAGAACGCGAGCCGUGAAAAUCUUCGACCUUAUUUCAAGUACAUGAAAUUGUUCAUAACUGCUCUUGUUAAAUUGCCAUGUGUUCCACCCGUAACUGUUUGGCGAGGAGUGACUAAAGAUUUGAGUGCAGAAUUUCCUCCAGGUACUCCAGUCACAUGGUGGGCAUUUUCAUCAUGCACAACGGAACUAACUGUACUUGAGAACAACAUGUAUUUGGGUAAUGAGGGUAGUAGAACAUUAUUUUCUGUAGAAGCCAUUAAUGGCCGAACAGUGCGUGAACAUUCGCAUUUUGUUACUGAAGAUGAGCUUCUUCUCUUACCUGGUACUCAUAUGAUCGUCCAAUCGCAAUUUAGUCCAGCUUCUGAUCUUCAUAUUAUUCAUUUGAAACAGGUGAUACCUGAUGAAGUGUUAUUGGAACCACCAUUUGAAGGUGCAUGUCUUUAUCCAAAAAUCGAACGUCCAUGGUAUCGGAAAAAAAGAUUUGCCAUUCCAAUUUGUUUGCUAAGUCUUCUGGUAAUUGCCGCAGUGGCCAUCGGGGCAGUUCUGGGAACAAAAUCUAGCCGCAACAUACUAGGCCCAACUUGUAACGACGGCGUAAAAAAUGGCGAUGAGACUGAUGUGGAUUGUGGUGGAUCUUGUGCAGUACAAAAGAAAUGUGCCGAUUUGAAACGUUGUCUUAAUUCCUAUGAUUGCAUCAGCAGUGUUUGUACGGUGAACCUUUGUCAAGUGCCUACUUGCAAUGAUGGCGUCACGAAUGGCAAUGAAACUGAUGCAGACUGUGGUGGACCAUGUUUACCCGUAAAACAAUGUCAUGACGGAUUAAGAUGUAGUAAUGCAUCAGAUUGCGUUAGCAGUGUCUGUACAUCAGGUUUUUGCCAAGUUUCUACAUGUAACGAUGGUGUCAGGAAUGGAGAUGAGACCGGCAUAGACUGUGGUGGAUCCUGCGCAUCGCAAAAGAAAUGUGCCGAUUACAUAGGUUGUUUUAAUUCCUUGGACUGCAUCAACGGCAUCUGUACAGCGAACCUUUGUCAAGUGCCUACGUGCAACGAUGGUGUUAUGAACGGAAAUGAAACUGAUGUAGACUGUGGUGGACCAUGCUUGCCCGCGAAACAGUGUCGUGACGGAUUAAGAUGCAGUAAUGCAUCAGAUUGCGUUAGCAGUGUCUGUACAUCAGGUUUUUGCCAAGUUCCUACAUGUAAUGAUGGUGUCAAAAACGGAGAUGAGAUAGACAUAGACUGUGGUGGAUCAUGUCUUCCAGGUAAACAAUGUGUUGAUGGAUCGAGAUUUGCCAAGGUGAGCAGCGUUACCUAUAAUGUAACGAAUUCGAAUGUUUAUACUUCAGUACCCACUUGCAACGAUCAUGUCAAAAACGGAGAUGAAAUUGAUGUAGACUGUGGUGGAUCAUGUCUACCGGCAAAACAAUGUGGAGAUGGAUUGAAAUGUAAUAAUGCAUCAGACUGCAUUAGUGGCGUCUGUAUUUCAAGUGUUUGUCAAGUUCCUAAUUGUAACGAUGGUGUCGCGAAUGGAAACGAAACUGACAUAGACUGCGGUGGUAGCUGUCAUUCUAUUAAAAAAUGUAAUGAUGGAGAAAAAUGCAACGGUGUGUUAGACUGCAAUAGUGGUGUGUGUACAUCAAAUAUUUGCCAAACUCCUACUUGUAAUGAUAGUGUCAAGAAUGGAAACGAAACUGGUAUUGAUUGCGGCGGGUGGUGUGCAUCGCAAAAUAAAUGCGUCGAUAAUGCAGUGUGUCGAAAUCCCGACGAUUGUAUCAGUGGCGUCUGUAAAUCAGAUAUAUGUCAAAUUCCCACUUGCAACGACGGCGUCAUGAAUGGAAAUGAGGGUGACGUGGAUUGCGGAGCGGUAUGUCUGCCACUUAAACCUUGUACAGAUUUAUCAAGAUGUAGAAUUGGUUUCGACUGCAAAAGCGGUGUUUGCACAUCUAAUCUUUGUCAAAUUCCUACUUGCAACGACGGCGUCAAAAAUGCAGAUGAGACUGAUAUCGACUGUGGUGGAUCGUGUGUGCCGAAUAAACGAUGUGGUGAGCUCUUGAAAUGUAUUAAUCCAUCCGAUUGUAAAAGUGGUAUCUGCAUCUCAAAUGUAUGUCAAGGUAAGUUUAAUGCUGAGCAACAUGACGAGUACAAUUAA